AUGGGGUUUUGGCGGUUCGUUGUCCAGAGAAGCAAUCGUGAUGCGAAUCUUCCGUUUGAGAGGGCUUUGUUUUCCUGUGCGAUAGCUAUCGGAUGGAAUCCGAUCCUUGAUUAUUUGCACCGUGGAGAGAUCAAUAUAAAAUUAAUGAAAUUGCAACACAAGACAAACGCUAAGGAAUGUCCUGCAAGUGUAGCGACUCAUGUUCUCGAGACCUCGCUGUGUAACCGCUUUCGAGGUAGUCAUCAGCAGCCAGUGAUCUCAAGAUGUUUUACGGAGUCGUCCGAGCGCGUCAUAUCGGGUGCUCCGGGGUUUGCAAACAAGGCGGGAGUCGGCCUUUAUCGUGCUGGGUUUUAUGAUUCGACAAGAGGGCCAUCCUUCCCCGUAGUUAGCGGACAAGAGCUGUCCGGAGAUAAGAUUUCUCGAGUUGUCUGGACAAGCGCUGGAGCAUGGACGGACGGAAGAAGUGACAAGCUCCAUGGAAUCCUGCUUUACGUAACGGGAGUGCCGGUGACAAGCAGACGUGAGGCCUUAGCGGUUAAUUUCUGA